ACCAAGGCGGUCGGGCGAGGGCUGCUGGCCUCUCUUGCGCGGCCUGGUAGGGAGCAAAGCCGCCUCCUCAGGGCGGCCGGGGCGAGGCAAGAGAGGCCAGGCAGGCCGGGCCUAGCCGGUUGCCAUGGCGACGGCCCCUACUCGAGGCGAGGCGCCUGCGCGGGCCGCGCUCCGACUAGGCCUCUCGGCCGAAGCGGCUUCUGCCUCCCUCCCCGCGGCCGCGAUGGACGAAGGAGGGUCGGACCUCGCGCUCCGCUGCCUGGGCGAGGUGGAGGCGCUGGCCGAGGAGGUGCUGGCCGGGAGGCAGCAGAUUGUGGAUCUGGACCAGAAACGGAAUCAGAACCGGGAGGCACUCAGGGCUCUGAGCAAGGAGCUGGCCCGUUCAGAUAACGUUAUGGUUUGCUUCGGGAACAUGUUUGUUCAGCUUCCCAAAACAAAGACCAAGGACAUGCUGCAGAGAGAUCAAGAACUCUUAGAUGAAGAAAUAACCAGACUGCGGAAGGAGCUCAAAGUGAAGGUCAACCGCCUCCUAGAAGCUCAAGGUAAACCGGAGCUGAAAGGCUACAGCCUGAAACCCCUGAGCAGCGAGGAAAUGUGGUUUAUUAAAAAGGUGCUGGAUGGCUGAAGCUGUGCCACCGUGUGGACUUUGCGCCUGCUUCCUGUGUAAUACACUCACUGCUGUGCAAAAGGCAACUCCGUGCACAGACACGCUCCUGAAGCAGGAUAGGUGCCAAGCCUCGGGCAUCCUUUGCAGGAAGGACUUGGGCAGCUGGAGAAGCCCUCCUGCUUUUCACACAGAGGGGCGCUCAGAUGUCCUUCUGCAGCUUUGACCACCAGGUCAGGGGUGCGAGCAUCAAAACCAGAGGAGCAGGUUUCAGUUCUGUAAUUGUCUUCGACUCGCUGUUGAAUGCUCGGUGGCGGGAGAGUCAUAGGGAUAGAACUGUGAGCCCACACUGCUCCAGGGCAUGAAUGCCUCACCAGAAACUGUAGUAUAGUGACAAAUUAAAUUAUGCACAAAUCUGAAAUAUGCGAGUGGUGGGAAAGCAGUCUUUGUUGUUCAUCUUGCAUGCAUUCUGACCCAUUAAGUAAAGCAGCAGUUCUCAUGUGUAAAGCCCUGAAGGCUUUGGUGUCGUGGUUAAGAGCGGCAGGACUCUAAUCUGGAGAACUGGGUUUGAUUCCCUACUCCUCCACUUGGAGCCAGCUGGGUGACCUUGGGUCAGUCACAGCUCUCCCGG